CGGAGGAUGCUGCGGGGGGGCAGGAGAAGGAGGAGGGGGGUCCGCGCUGCUCCCCCCCUCCCCAGGCCGGCUCCGUUCGGGCCGGGGGUGCGGCUGGGGGCGGUGUGGGGCGGCGGGAUCUGCGGGAUCGGCUGCCGGGAUUGGCUGUCCCGGCCGCCCCGCCGGCCCUGCGCGCCCCGGCCCGUCUGCGGCGCCGCGGCCAGCUGGCGCCAGCGCUCAUAUAGGAUGCGCGGGGAUGGGACCGCGCCGGCCAGAGCAGCGGCUUUGCCAUCUGAGUAACACCCUGCAGCUCCGCUCCCCCCGCGCUCGGGGCUUCUCUUAUUUUUAAUUCCCUCCCCAUUUUUGCCCCCCUCCUUCCUCCCCUCUCCGCCGUGUUCGCGGUCUCCAGGCCGGCUCCCACCGCCAGCCGGUGCUGCCCGGACCUGCCGCCGCCCGCCUGGACAGAGAGACACGGUGACUCCGGGGGGCUCCCCCAACCCUUCCCAGGACCCACGCCAGCCGCCCGGCCAUCUUCUCCUUAAGAAAAGCCACUCUAUCUCCUAAAUCUCACCAGCAGCGCCAACCCCCACCCCCUAACCCCCCCUCCCCGAGCAGCACCGGCCCGCUCCUGCUCCGGGGCUGGGUGGGAGGGGAGGCCCGAGGCCAUGGAGGUGGCCACAGAUCAGCCUCGCUGGAUGGCCCACCACGCCGUGCUCAACGGACAGCAUCCCGAGAGCCACCACCCCGGACUUGCUCACAAUUACAUGGAACCAGCGCAGCUCCUACCUCCGGAUGAAGUCGAUGUCUUCUUCAACCACCUGGACUCUCAAGGCAAUCCCUACUACGCCAAUUCCGCCCAUGCCAGGGCCAGGGUCUCCUACAGCCAGGCACACGCCCGCCUGACCGGGAGUCAGAUGUGCCGGCCUCACCUUCUCCACAGCCCCGGGAUUCCUUGGCUGGACAGCAGCAAGGCGGCACUGUCCGCCCAUCACCACAACCCCUGGACCGUCAACCCCUUCACCAAGACCCCCCUGCACCCCUCGGCGGCCGGAGCACCCGGGGCCAUCUCGGUGUACCCGGGUAGCAGCACGUCCAGCACCGCCUCUGCCUCUUCGCUCACCCCGGCCUCGCACUCCGGCUCCCACCUCUUCGGUUUCCCCCCGACCCCUCCCAAGGAAGUGUCCCCGGACCCCAACUCCACCAGCGCUGCUUCCCCAUCCUCCUCUGCUGGGGCCAGGCAGGAGGACAAAGACAGCAUCAAGUACCAAGUCUCGCUGUCGGAGGGGAUGAAGAUGGAGAGUGCCAGUCCGCUGAGGAGCAGCCUUGCCAGCAUGGGGGCCCAACCCUCAACCCACCACCCCAUCCCCACAUACCCCUCCUAUGUGCCAGCCGCACACGACUACAGCAGCAGCCUCUUCCACCCUGGCAGCUUCCUGGGGGGCCCUGCAUCCAGCUUCACUCCCAAGCCACGGAGCAAGGCCAGGUCCUGUUCGGAAGGCAGAGAGUGUGUGAACUGUGGAGCAACUGCUACCCCUCUCUGGAGAAGAGACGGCACCGGGCAUUACCUGUGUAACGCUUGCGGGCUCUACCACAAAAUGAACGGUCAAAACCGACCUCUCAUUAAACCCAAGCGAAGGCUGUCAGCGGCCAGGAGAGCAGGGACUUGUUGUGCCAACUGUCAGACAACCACCACAACCUUAUGGCGACGUAACGCAAACGGGGACCCAGUUUGUAAUGCCUGUGGACUCUACUAUAAAUUGCACAAUGUGAACAGGCCUCUGACCAUGAAGAAGGAAGGAAUUCAGACCAGGAAUAGGAAAAUGUCCAACAAAUCAAAGAAAAGCAAGAAAGGCUCCGAGUGUUUUGAGGAACUGUCCAAGUGCAUGCAGGAGAAAUCCUCUCCCUUCAGCGCUGCUGCCCUUGCUAGUCACAUGGCUCCCAUGGGGCAUUUGCCACCUUUCAGCCACUCUGGACACAUCCUUCCAACACCUACCCCCAUCCACCCAUCUUCCAGCAUCUCAUUUGGACAUCCACACCCAUCCAGCAUGGUUACAGCCAUGGGAUAAAACCCGAUGACCAAGAGACCCACCCAGAGAUUAAAGAACAUGGGGCUUUGCCUAAGACGACACCAAGUAAGAAAAUGUUCUGCCAAGAGGAGAAUGUAGGGAUGACAAAGGGGAUCUUUGCUCCCAUGUGGUUUAACUCUUAAUGCUGGACUAAAACCUUGCAAGUGAUGGGUCUUCUGCAGAAACGUAGUGGUGCCUGUAAUGCACUUUGCCCCCUCAGGUAUAAGGAAAAAUAACUCACCUGUUCGAUACUUCAUGGUCCAGCAGGAAGCAAAAGGUGGCAGAAGCUGAAGGAAAAGGCUUGGAACUGGCUUUCCUUUCUCUCUUUGUCAUUACUGUGAAUAUUGUAAAGAGAUCUAAGCAGCCUCCCAGGAUGGAACCGGCUCACUGGACGCCAGACAUGCUGGAUUUCUAUCAUGGACUUCAGUUGGGAUGGGGAAAAAAAAGAAGAAAGAAAGAAAAAAAAAAAAGAGGACAUCUUUUAAAACCGUAAUUUUUAAAAGGAAAUCAGACACAAAGUCAUAUUUAUUUUGCUCUUGUUUUCCACAAAAAGCCUCAACCCCUCUGAUUGCAUGUUCCUGUGCUGUUGUUUGCAAUGGCUACCACCCUGUGAGCAAACCUGCCUUCGAAACAAGGGGAGAGGGGGAACAUACUCAGCAGCCCCUUGGAUUAGCUCCAUCUAUCUUCCAUACCAAAAUAUCUAUAGGAAGGAGAGGAAGAUUUGGGGGAAACAAAGCAAAUAAUACAGAAUUUUAACGUGCCCAAGCUGGUGAUUAUUUUAACAUGAUUUUGUCAUUCUUUUCCCUAACAUGAAAGACUUUAAAAAACUCAGCCCCUCUCCCAACUACCCUUUUAUUCCUCAAACUAAACAGCUAGAUUGGACAAACCAUUGGGAAAGAGCUCUCGGGGAGGCAAUCCUGCACUAGCAAGGGGUGAGACACAGGCAUUGCCCAAAGUGUCAGCUAAAUUCUAGCACAGCUAAAACCGUCACAGAGCAUAAACCCAUCCAACCCUCAGACUUCAGAGGUUGAAGCAUUUUGUUCUGUUGUGUCGGCAGCUGUUGCUUAAGAAUGCAGAUGAGCUGCUUGGGUAAGCCUGGGGCAGCGUGGCCAUCACCACACUG